CUGACAAUGUUAGUCAGAAUCGAUCACAGAGCUGUUUUUCGCACUUCGCUAUCUAAGGUUCUGGGUUCUCAGUGUUUGCGGUCUUGCGGAGCACAGCAUCGUCUGUUAGGGAAGAAUGGAUCAUCAAGGGCAUAGCCAGAACCCAUCUAUGGGGGUUGUCGGGAGUGGAGCUCAAUUGACGUACGGUUCUAACCCAUAUCAGCCAAGCCAGAUAACUGGGCCUCCUGGAUCGGUUGUUACAUCAGUUGGGACCAUUCAAUCCUCCGGUCAACCUGCUGGAGCUCAGCUGGGACAGCAUCAACUUGCUUAUCAGCAUAUUCAUCAGCAACAACAGCAGCAACUUCAGCAACAGCUCCAGGCCUUUUGGGCAAAUCAAUACCAAGAAAUUGAGAAGGUUACUGAUUUCAAGAACCACAGUCUUCCCCUGGCUAGGAUCAAGAAGAUUAUGAAGGCUGAUGAGGAUGUUAGAAUGAUAUCAGCUGAGGCACCUGUCAUAUUUGCAAGGGCAUGUGAAAUGUUCAUAUUAGAGUUAACCCUGCGUUCUUGGAAUCACACUGAAGAGAACAAAAGGAGAACACUUCAAAAAAAUGAUAUUGCAGCAGCAAUCACAAGGACUGAUAUCUUUGAUUUCUUGGUUGACAUUGUCCCUCGUGAGGAUUUGAAAGAUGAAGUGCUUGCUUCAAUCCCAAGAGGAACAAUGCCUGUUGCAGGGCCUGCUGAUGCACUUCCUUAUUGCUAUAUGCCACCCCAGCAUGCUCCCCAAGUUGGAACUGCUGGUGUCAUAAUGGGUAAGCCUGUGAUGGACCCAAAUAUGUAUGCUCAGCAGACUCAUUCAUACAUGGCACCACAAAUGUGGCCACAGCCACCAGACCAACGACAAUCAUCUCCUGAUCAUUAGCUGCUGUAUUAUGCAUAUUCAUGGAAAUUAAGAUUAUCUGGCAUUGUAAUCAGUUGAGAAUGUCAAACUGAAUGGUUGGGAAGGUCCAUAGCGAUAGCUGAUAGUUUACAAGGAAUGCAGACUAUAAACAUAUGUAGAUAGUGUGCUAGUGAAAACUUACCAUAACUUCGAUUAAACUGGAUAAGAUGGUAUUUUUCAUGGUUUAAUUUUCUGGUCUUCAGAUGGUAAUAUUUCCUGGAUUUUUACUUAAAUUUAGCUUCUUUGUAAUGGCUACAUUUUAUGCACUUAUUUAUGCCAUCUUUUCUGUCAUUCC